UGUCAAGCUUAAAGAGAGGCCAUGUGUUGGAAUUAAACACCGUGCAGGGAGUUCGAGAGCACGUCGGCUUUGUAAGCCGGUGUUAUGGCUGGGGAUUCCCUUCUUUCGUCGCUUGUAAUUUGGUAGAUAUUAGGAAAGGUUAAGGUAGGAAGAGCAGAGGUAUCAUAUGCACGCAAAGUGACAACUUAAGGCAGCAAGUGCCCGGUAUAACAACAGAUAACCUAACGUUAGCACCCUCGACUGUCCUCUCCUCGGGGUGCUGAAGCGGCAGCGGUGGAUACAAACUGGAAGCCCAGCCGCUGUCGCGUCUCAAACAGAUCCGUCUGUCGCUUUCUCACAGGUCUGUUCAGAAGAGCAAGGCUCUUGUGGUAUGACGACGACUAACAAAGGAAAUAAAGCCUUGAAGGUGAAGCGAGAGCCGGGGGAGAAUGGCACCAGCCUCACAGAUGAGGAGCUGGUCACAAUGUCAGUGCGGGAGCUGAACCAGCACCUCAGAGGGCUCUCCAAAGAAGAGAUCCUCCAACUGAAACAGCGGCGACGCACCCUGAAGAACCGGGGCUACGCGGCUAGCUGCCGUGUGAAGCGAGUAACCCAGAAGGAGGAGCUGGAGAAGCAAAAGGCCCAGCUUCAGCAGGAAGUGGACAAACUGGCCAAUGAAAAUGCUUCGAUGCGCGUUGAGCUGGACGCUCUUAGGUCUAAGUACGAGGCGCUUCAGACCUUCGCAAGGACUGUGGCACGAAGCCCCACUGUCGGGGUCGGGGUCAGAGGGGGAGGGGUUGGAGGAGGGGGCGGGGUGCCGUCGUCCGUCAUUGGUCCUCUCAUACCAGGGAAGGUGGCAACGGCGACAAGCGUGAUCACGAUAGUGAAGUCAAAGACAGAUGCACGGUCUUGAGGGAGGGAAAGAUGGAGGUGGAAAGAUGGAGUAAUUCCUCUUCUCUGCUGGUUACUUCUCCUUCAAAUGCACUGAACCAAACAGCUGAGCAGCCAUCUUAGCAGUCUUCUUCACCUGUUACAGAUAGGGUUUAUCAUGACCAGAAUUUUGACCUCUGAUCAAAUCAAACAAGAUUAAAACCUGUUUUGAUACCACAGCAAAAAUAGAAGUUUCACUCGCCCAAUACUGGGUUAUUAUUUUUUGUUUAUAAUUAUUAAGAAAUCUGAAGCAAAAUGCUACAUGUGCUCUAAUUCAGUGGUUCUCAACUGGUUGGGCAUCAGGACCCACCACCACCUCUUUAUUAGAAAUCACAACCCAAAUUUUAAAAAUUUUAAAACACUCAAAUUUAUUUAAAUUUGCAACAGAAAUGUUGCAGUCUGGAAUUUGGAUGAAAUAAAACAUGACUAAGCUAACAGGAAAAAACAAACAUGUUUGAAAAGCACAUAGUUACAAAAGUGCAUGGAUGCUCAAGAAAUAACUUCCUUAUCUUGCAGAAAUCAGCUUUGUUAUGUUGAGACUAUUGAGUACUGAAACUUGCCAAAUUAUUUGUACAAUUUAAUCCACAUGCAGGACUUGCAAUUUUUGAGCAAUCCAUUCCUCCCCUAAACAUCUGCCUGUUGAAAGUGAUGUAGUUUUUUAAGCUUUAGCACUUGUUGGUGCUGUUGUUCAUUUAAAAUGUGGUAUUUAAAAGUAUUUAAGGUGUAGAAAUAAUUUGAAACCUUAGUAACAGAUCAGUGCAGCUGGAGGAGAGGAUGGAAGCAGAGGAAGAUGAGAUAAUACCGAUGCAAGCCUAUUGUCAGAAUGUGGUCAUUUAGCACAGGACAGAUAAACAGAUACACACAGAGUUCCUCUGCUCACUGAAAACCUGCAGGAGUCAAAUGUUAAAGAAAUGUCCAAGCUAAGGGAAUUAAAACUUAAUAAUGUGAAUAUCCAAAAUACUUUGGAAUAUUCUUGUAAUUUUGUUGUGUUGAGCCAAGUGCAAAGUUUAACAGCCGGUAGACCUGGAUAUCAGUAAGUGCGGAAUAAUCGUGUUACACACAAUAGAUCUGAACCAAGCUGGAGCACAUUUAAACUGUGUAAAUGAACAAAAUAUGUCAAUAGAAUCAGAAAGGUGUUAAUAGUUUAGUACUUGCAGUGAAGAUUAGAUCAGUUUUGUGUCCCAAACUUCUAAAACAAACAUACAUUUUCCCAUGACCAGCUGAUAUCAGUGGCUGCAGAAAAGUCCCAUCAUGCUCCAUCUAGCCAAGAAUUUUCAGAAUUUAUGGAACGAAAAUAUAUAUUACACAAUGGUGGUAUCUGUAUUUCUACUGUUUUGUACUGUGUUGUCAUUCACAUGAGGU